CACGAGACACCCGCGCUCUCGCUCACUCCUACUCACACCUGUACUGGGAACUGUUCACCACUGUUUCUAUACGUAGUGCUGCUGGAAUAUCCAAUAGAAAUCAGUGCCGCCGACUGCACUACAGCUAAUCUGUAUUCAAGAAGACUACGGAGAAGAGAAAAUGCGGCUGCAGUGAUUUUACGGUAGCUGUCAACGCUUCAAAGCGCAUCUUCAAAAGCAUCGCAUACGCCAGGAUGUCACUCGCGAUAGCGGCAGCUGAGCGGGCCAAGGCGGUGGUGAUCCACAAAAACGGCGACGCCUUCGACCCAGGCAGGAAGUUCGUCGUGAACGAGAGGGUCGUGAAGGACCUGGACACGUUCUUGAACUAUGUCUCGACUGAUCUGGGAACGACACCAUUUGGGCCUGUUAGAAAGCUUCACACUCCCAAGGAGGGCCACCGGGUCAAGACGCUAGAGGACUUGGAGUCUGGCGGAGUGUACGUGGCCGCCGGGAAGGAACGCUUCAAGCCUGCAAAUUAUGGCGAGUAUGUCCGCGUUCGGACUCAACUUCAGCACAGCAAGACUCAGGAUUCGAAGCCGAUUGUCAGGAGGAAGAUUCAGGUGUCGGCAAAAUGGCGGAAGGUCGACCAGGACAUCUGUAUCAUACACAUAUUCCGUAACGGAGACACCCUGACGCCCCCGUCUAAGCUGCUGUUUAAGAAAGCCUGGCUGCAGAACAAGUGCACCUGGGACGUCCUGUUGGAGAUGGUACAGGAGAAGGUCUCACUCGACUCAGGAGCCAUCAGGAAGUUGUACCGUUUAGACGGGAGGCCGGUCCGUGAAGUGGCGGACAUUCAACACGACUCUUAUUACGUCGCCGUCGGGAACGAGGGACUGAAGAGGGUUGAGUACGGACAGGCGCCAAAACAGACCUUCUACUCUUCCACCAAACGGAACAAUGAACUACCACCGCUGGAGUUCAGACAGAAGCAGAAGAAGGAAGGCUACGCGCGGAAGAACAAGGAGAGCCCGCGGGAGGAGACCCACAGGAAACAGGAGUCGCACCGUUCCGACCACGGGCACCGGGCGCGGAGAGAGGAGCCGGCUGCCCGCAGGACCAUCACUUACGCACCCGCCAAGAGGAAGGCAUCAAGGGCCAGAACGGAGACGAAAAAGGACCCUAACGCUGACAAGACCCCCCCUCCGCACCAGCUGAAGCUGGAAUGGGUAUAUGGUUACCGGGGUAACCAGUGUCGUAACAACCUGUUCUACACGGCUGACAAGGAGGUCGCGUACUUCGUGGCGGGAGUCGGCGUCGUGUACGACCCCAACAAGCAUGCGCAGAAGGUGUUCUUCGGCCACAGCGACGACAUCGUGAGUCUUGCUAUCCACCCGGAGAAGCAACUCGUAGCCACAGGACAGAUCGGAAAGGACCCGUACAUCUGUGUGUGGGACACCCGAACCCUGGAUACUGUGUCCAUCCUCAAGGGAGGGGGUCACACGCACGGAAUCUCGUCUCUCAACUUCGACGGGGACGGAAAGCAUCUUGUGUCUGUGGGGAUGGACAACUAUAACCAGGUGAACGUGUGGGAAUGGCGGUCGGGCAAACUGUUGGCCAGCGCCAGGGGACACACGCAGAAGGUGUUUGAGAUGAGGUUUAACCCCUUUAGUGAGGGGAACGCCCAACUGGUGAGCUGCGGAGUCAAACACAUCAAGUUCUGGGAGCUGCAGGACAACUCACUCACCAGCCACAACGGUGUGUUCGGUGAGGAGGAGGUGACCACCAUCUUAACCGUGGCGCCCUUCAAGGACGGCGUGACCUUCAGCGGAACGGUCAGCGGGCAUAUCAUGAUCUGGCGCGGGAACAACCUAGAGAGGACAGUGGAGGGACAUACAGCCGCCAUCAUUUCCAUGUACCUGGGGGAGGACGGGCUGGCCACUGCGUCACGUGACGGGACCAUCAGGCUUUGGGACACCGACCUCAACGUCAUCAGCGACAUCCGGGAACUUCGCGAGGGCAAGGAGUACGGCAGAGAAGACACGACAGUACGCAGUGUGUGCUGGCAAGGCAAGAACGUCCUGGCAGGAACUCAGGACAACCAGAUCUUCGAGUUCCGUGUGGACGGGCCGACGGUGAGCAGUACCGACGCCCUGAUGCGGGGACACGCGGAGGGAGAGAUGUGGGGACUCGCGACGCACCCUAAACGAUCGCUGUUCGCCACUGCUAGCGACGACAAGACUGUCAGAAUCUGGGACACGAAAGACCGCAAGCUAAAGCUAAUGAAGGAGCUGGAUCAGCCGAUGCGUUCCGUUGCGUUCAACAGGGACGGGAGCCAUGUUGCUGUAGGGUUUGAAGACGGAAGCGUGAUGAUUCUGGACGGAAUUAACCUGUCAGAGAAGCAGCGUCUCCAGGCGGGAAAAGAGGUGAUCCACGACCUGAAGUACUCCCCGAACGGCGAGAGGCUCGCAGUGGGGUCUAACGACAACCGGGUCGACAUAUAUGACGUGGAAGAUGGAUACAACAAGAUCGGAGAGUGCCGGAAGUCAUCCAGCUACAUCACGCACCUGGACUGGUCCAAAGACAGCCAAUACAUCGUGACUAACGACGGGUCCGGGGAGAGGCUGUACUACAAGGCGACAGGCUUCAACGCCGGCGAUCACGUGACCAAGUCGGACGAGAUCAGGUCCAUCACGCUGGACACGUGGACGGGCGUGUUGGGGUCAGAGGUCAACGGCAUCUGGCCCAAGUACGCCGACAAGACUGACGUCAACGCCGCUGACGUCAGUUUCCAUGACAACCUGAUCGCUACGGGAGACGACCUCGGGCUGGUCAAGCUCAUGCGGUUCCCCUGCACCAAGAAAGGGGCAAAGUUCAAGAAGUACGGAGGUCACUCAGCCCACGUGACGAACGUCAGGUUCACGGGUGACUACAAGAGGCUGAUCUCCAUUGGUGGAGGCGAUCACGCCAUUUUCCAGUGGGCACUGGUCGGAGGGGACGCCGGGAAGGGUGAUGACGACAUACAAGGUGCUGCAACUGGAGACGCUUUUGAAUCUGAGGACGACGACGAUAGCGACUCGGAAGCGUCGGACGAGGAGGACUGCGAUUCCGACAUCGAGCGCGAGGGGGAGAUGCUGUACCAGCGACCGGUCUACCGAGAUGACGUCACCGAGAUGAAGCGCACCAAGAAGAGGAAGACCAAGACGGUGGACCGAAAAGCGCCCCCUGCCGACAGCCUGGAGCUGGUCUUUGUGCACGGCUACCGCGCGUACGACUGUCGUAAUAACCUGUUCCUGACGAGUCGUGGGGAGGUCGUGUACCACGUGGCUGCCGUCGCCAUCCUGUACGACAAGACCAACCACCUGCAGCGGUUUUACCUACGACAUACGGACGACAUCAUCUCUAUGGCCAAGCACCCGCAAAACGACGUCUUCGCCACCGGACAGGUUGGUAAGGACCCGGCCAUCCACGUGUGGGACGGUAACGACCUCAGCACCCUCAUCACCCUCCAGGGUCAGCAUCAGCGCGGGGUCACGGCACUCGACUUCUCAGGGGAUGGCGAACUUCUGGCGAGUGUUGGACUGGAUAACGACCACACCGUCGUGCUGUGGGACUGGAAGAACGGCGCUCCUCUCGCCACCACAAGGGGCAGUAAGGAUCUGCUGUUUGAGAUCAGGUUCAACCCGCACAACCCAAACAAACUGGUGACGGUCGGCAAGAAACAUAUAAACUUCUGGACGAGAUCAGGAAACACCUUCAAGUCCAAGCGUGGGAUCUUCGGUAAGGUGGGGAAGAUGACCAGCAUGCUUUGCGCGGAGUUCGGGCGUACCGAAGAUGACGUGUACAGCGGUGGCGCGAACGGUGACAUCUAUGUCUGGAGCGGGAACAAACUCGUGAAGGAGGUUGAAGCGCACAACGGACCUCUGAAUUCCAUCAAAUUUAUUCCAGAGAAGGGCGUCGUGGUUACCGGUGGAAAGGACGGCUCCAUCCUGCAGUGGAACGACAACUUUGAGCGGUUCCUGAAGAAGUACAACAUCGACCGGUUCUCGGAGACGCGGGACUCCCGCGGGGUCCUGCUGGACGAUCGCCCGGCGGUUCGCGCGGUCCUGCCCGCCGACGGACGCAUCCUGGCCGGUACCAGGAACGGAGAGGUGCUGGAGAUCGACCUCAGCAACGGGCUCUUCUCCAUACUCGUGCAGGGCCACACGGGCACCCACCUCGAGAACGAAGUCUGGGGUCUGGACACUCACCCUAAGAAGCAUCUUUGCGUGACGGUUAGCGAAGACAAGACCCUGCGAGUGUGGGACCUGGCGGCGGAUCAGAACCAGCUGACGCGCGGACGCAAGCUGCGGACAGGUGCGCGGACCUGCGCCUUCUCACCUGACGGAGAGCUAAUAGCGGUGGGCAUGAUCGACGGCGGUUUUGUGAUGUUUCACUGCGGAAAUUUGGAGGCGGCGUCACCCCAGUUCCGACACCGCAAGGAGAAAAUUUCCGACGUCAAGUUUUCACCAGAUGGGAAGUACAUCGCAGUGGCGUCUCAUGACAACUUCGUGGACGUGUACAACGUGUACAAGAUGAAGCGGACGGGAACAUGCAGGGGGUCAUCCAGCUAUAUCACACACGUGGACUGGGACGUCAGCGGCCGUCUGCUGCAGACCAACUCCGGCGCUAAAGAGCGUCUGUUCUACGAGGUCCCGCGGUGCAAGCGGGUCAACAUUCCCGCCUCCGAGCUGGAGCGGAUCACGUGGGCCACCUGGACUUCCGUUCUGGGACCGGAAGUGGAGGGGGUGUGGCCGUGGUACAGUGACGUCACCGAUGUGAACGCCACGUGCCUGUCGGCGGACAAGACUCUGCUGGCGACUGGUGACGACAACGGGUUCGUCAAGCUGUUCAACUACCCCGCAACGGUAAGCUUGUUUGGCAAGCACGCGAUCUGUAAGAAGUACGUGGGACACAGCAGUCACGUGGCCAACGUGCGAUGGACGUAUGACGACACCUACCUGGUGUCAGCAGGCGGCAUGGACACGUCCAUCAUGGUGUGGCAGAGGAAGUCCUCCCAGCCGCGGGACGAUGGACACUACGACAGCGAGGACUCGGAUGUCGACACGGACGACGAAGAAUCUACAUCUGGUGAGGGCGGCGUAGUUGUAGAGGAGCGAGUAGCGCAUGAAAUGGAGGAAAGUUACGACCCGAACACGGGAAAGACCACCUACAUCCGGACCUCCACUGUGGAGACUACCAUCGGCGGACAGGAGGGGCAAGCCAGCCCACAGGCUAACGGGCACGGUAGGCUCACCGCGGAACAAGUACAAGGUACGGUGGGAUAA